CUCGGUGUAUAAAAGGCUCCUCGUUUCCCGCCAUGAUCCCCGUCCUACAGCGCAACUUUCCUCGGCACAUUCAGCCACACCAUCCGCCAUGAACUCCUCCCCGCUCUGCGCCGAACCCAGUGUGGCAGCUGCUGCCCUUGUCGCUUGUGAUGAUAUGAGCUCGUUCUUCGCCGCGUGCGACGAGUUCUAUCCGACCUUCCUUGAUUCCUGGAUCCCCAAUGACGGACUCGCCGACUGUUUCCCUCUUGCCGAAGGUUCACCGACUCAGGAAAGUGGUACAUAUGCCCAAGCAACAUACAUGCAGGCCACCUCUUCCUCGGAUCACUUCAACCCUCCUUCAAGUAUCGACUCGGACUUCAACUGGGAUCUCCUUUGGCAGCCAUGCCCAAGCGCUCCCUCGCCAUUCGAUAUGUUAUACGCGCCUUCGCCGUUGGUGACAGACUCUCCUCUCUCCUUAGCCUCUCCCAUGUCGAUGUCAUUCCCAGCCCAAGGUACUCCAACGAUCUCCCCCGCUGCGCUAUCACUCUCCCCGGUGGUCCCCUACAAUCCUUCGUGGCAGGCACCCACACCUGCGGCUUCUCCUGUUGCAAGCUCACCUGGUGGAUCAGAAGGCCCCGCAGAUACGGUUGAAGAACUAUCCUCCACGCUUAUCCAAAUCAAACUGGCCGGAUCUCCUGUGACUGACCACAACAUCGCGUCUCAUUUCCAUGGAGAUCAAAAUGAUAGUUCCAGAGGCGAUAACGAGGACAUCCCAACAUCUAGCCGCUCCAAAAAUCGGCGCUAUUCCCCCUACUCCCGGCCCCGUCGUUCCAAGUCACCUAAAGGCCACCUGGGUUCUGCAGGGCCCUCAUUAGCCCCGGCCGCCCACACGCGCCCAGCCAUCCCCGAGUCCAAUCCGCGGAACUCCCAAGUCGACAUCCCCGAAGAAGCGUUCUACUUUGCACUGCGCAAGCCUUCGCGCGGCUGCCCCGCCCAUGGCUGCGGUUACGUCCCCGCGAGCGGACGCGCGCCGGACCUGAAACGCCACAUGCAGACGCACGAUGCGCGCUGGGGCAAGAAGACCUGGGUGUGCUGCGGGCUGCCCAUCGCGGUCGCGCGGGACCGUCACGGUUGGAAGGAGGGCGGCUUGAAGGCGUAUGAGUAUCGCGGUCGCGAGAUGGUUGGAGGGUGCAUGCGCACGUUUAGUCGUCGGGAUGCGCUUGUGCGUCAUUUGAAUAACCAUGAGUGCUGGGGCGACGUUGAGCUGACGAAGAUGCUCAGCCGGUGGCAAGGGUAUCUGCUGUGAUGCGAUGCAGCUCUGCUCAUGCUGGUCCUUCCGAUUGAUACCGUUGUACCGGCGCACCUCUCAGUACACCAUGAAACUCUCUAUUUGACAACUUCAUUGUUUCCCUGACAUUCUUCCACACUCAUUAGACUUAUUUGCUUACCAUUCUCAUGUAUACCCCCUUCCAGACACUCCAGUAUCAUUUUGUACAUGCUGUAUCAAUACUUUCU